AAAGCGCCCGGAAGCCGCAGCCCGUGCCAGUCCGGAACCUCGCCCCAGGACGACCAAACGAACAGUCGACAGGAAGCCGCAGCCCCGCGCUUCUCUCUUCUCUAGCCACUCUCUCUCUCUCUCUCACACACACUAUGAGCGCCAACUCGGACCGGAGGUGGAGCCUUGCGCGCGCCACCGAGUUCUUUAGCGGCGACGGCAAGCCCGACAUGCUUGAUAUCCGCGGCAUGACGGCCGUAACCAAAGGCGCGGCUGGAAAACGCGAUAAGUUCCGCAAGAGCGUGUCGCGCUGCGGCGUGUCCAUCUACGGCCCGAAGCACUCGGCCGCAUCGGCCGGAGACUCGGCCAACCGGGAGAAGAUCUUUAUUGAGGACCCGCGUGCUCCGUGCCUCAAUAUCGACUACUCGAACGACGCAUACCGCCUGUUGCCGUCGUCUGAAAAGUUCUCGGCCCACACAGGCGUGUGUCAGAUUCUCGGCACAAAGUGUAUCCGCGGCGGGAAACACCGGAUCAGGGUGGGCGACAUCAUUCGCUUUGGCAGUGUCGGUUUGUUAGUGACGGAGAUUGACACGGGAGGCAUCGGCCCGAACGACGCGACUCUUAGUCCGUCAGAGGUCAACAGCCUCAUCCAACGCGUCGUGUGCCACGAUGAAGCGCUUGCCGACGUGGACAGCGGCAUGGACACGGACGACGAGAAUGGAGACGCGUCCGGCAACGACGAGUCCAAGCCGCGUUCUUCUCUGCAGAGGCAGAGCACCAGCGCCAUCUGCUACGUGUGCUACGACGAGACAGAGGACGACAACCCGCUGAUCGCGCCUUGCAAGUGUUCAGGAGACACGAAAUACAUUCAUUUGAAUUGCCUCAAGCGCUGGAACACGAACGGCGAGAAGAACGAGAUCUGUACCGUCCUGGACGAAAGCAACGCGCGCACUUGCUCCAUCUGUAAAGCUCCGUACCCGAGCAAGACGCGCCUACCUAAUGGCAAAGUGCUGUCGCUGUUGCCGGACAGACUAAACCCACCGUGUAUCAUGUUCCAAGUCGUGACGAAGCACUCGUCGUCGACUCUGAACUUGUCCACGCGCUACCAAUUGAGCUACAAGAUGCUCAUGGACAACGACAUCCAUCGGCCGCUUAUGGUCGGACGCUCGUCGCAGUGCGACCUGGUGCUAAAGUACCGCACAGUGUCGACUAUCCACGCUGAGAUCCACUACUCUAAGGGCGAGUUCUUCCUCAAGGACGCCGGUAGCUCUAACGGCACGUUGCGGUACAUUUACCGUCCUUUGACUCUGCAUAACAACCAGUCGCUGCAUGUCAAGUUUGGCCGCACGGUAUUAUCCAUCAAACCGACCAAGAAGAUCCGGCUGCCGCAUUUCUUCGGUACGGCCGGCCACCUCCACGCUAGUGGCUCACGAAUGGAAGACAGUGGCGUCCAGGAUGACGACGAGCUGUCCAACACGUCCACACCUCGUAACAAUAGAAUCCGAUACUACGCGGCGCAGCAACAAGUGCCGACGCAGCAGCAGCCGCAACAGCAGCAGCGCCAGAAUUUGCAGACGCAGAUGCAAAAUUUAGAUCUGUAACGUCUUAAAACGUGCGCGCUCGUUGGCUUGGACCGGAUUCCGUUUGCGUCACGACCUCCCGGCCCCGCCGUCAUCGGCCGAGGCGCUCUUGUACCAUCACCAUCAAGAGCCGAUGCUUGGAAAAUCGAACACCUUCGACUUUGGCCUUCCCGUGCCUCUUUGUUUUAAUUACUUAUUUGACCCAAGAGAUACCAGAAAAAAACUACUGAAACUGAAGAGAGGCCCGUAGCAGAACAGUCAACCGAAAUGUUGUCUAUCUGUGAAUGAAGUGACCAUGUCGUCUGAAUGAGAGAAAGUUUACCAAAAAAAGAGUGAGUUAAAGGUGGUGAGUGGAGGAUCGACGAGUGACGUUAGCGGGUAGAUUGUGGUAGCAUUGGACGGUGCGAUUCGAAACUAGGGGGGGUUGAGCAUUCAUAUUCUUCAUCUUGUAAUAAAGUUUGCGAGCUGGCAUUUUAAAACAGC